AUGGAUCUGAUCCGGAAGCUGCGGACGGCGCGAAAGCUGAUUUUGGUGAUCAUGAUCCCGCUGUCCCUGCUGCCUCUACCGCUCAUCUACCCAAGCAGCGAGUCGUCGUGUGCGUACGUCCUGAUUGUGACGGCGGUGUACUGGGUAUCUGAGGCCGUGCCUCUGGGGGCCGCAGCGCUGGUGCCUGCGUUCCUCUAUCCGCUAUUCGGGGUCCUCAAGUCCAGCGAGGUGGCUGCUGAAUACUGUAAGGACACCACUCUACUGCUGAUGGGCGUCAUCUGUCUGGCGGCCUCCAUAGAGAAAUGGAACCUGCACAAGAGGAUAGCACUACGCAUGGUCAUGAUCGCGGGAGCCAAACCUGGCAUGUUGGUUCUGGGUUUCAUGUGUUGUACGGUGUUCCUCUCCAUGUGGCUGAGUAACACCUCCACUACUGCCAUGGUGAUGCCUAUAGCGGAGGCGGUGCUCCAACAGCUGGUCAUCACGGGAAUAGCGGACGCAGGAGAGGACUCAGAGGAUACGAUUGACAGCACGGAUAGCUACGAAAAGAGGAACCAGCUGCAACUGACCUGUAAAAAAGACGGGUGCAUGAAGUCGGAGCUGAAUACGCUGUCUGAGGAACAGAACGGUCUGCCCCGAACCCCCAGAAUGGGCUCCCAUCUCUCCCUAAAGCACAGCAAUGGCCACCUGCCAGAGACGGCGAUCAGUGUGACGGAGCCCCCGCGCCAGAAGCCGAAGAUCCGGCGUAACUCCAUGUACCCGACCAAGAGGGAUCACAUGAUCUGCAAGUGUCUCUCACUCAGCAUCACCUACGCGGCCACCAUCGGGGGCCUCAUCACCAUCACCGGCACCUCCACCAACCUCAUCUUCGCAGAACAGUUCAACAAUCGCUAUCCGGAGGCGAAGGUGAUUAAUUUCGGCACCUGGUUCAUCUUCAGUCUGCCCAUCGCCCUCAUCAUGCUGGUCCUCACCUGGCUCUGGCUGCACAUCCUCUUCCUGGGAUGCAACUUCAAGGAGACGUGUUCCCUGAGUAAGAAGAGGAAGACCAGACGAGAGAUCAUCUCAGAGAGACGCAUUCACGAGGAGUACGAGAAGCUAGGACCCAUCAGCUACCCUGAGUUGAUGACGGCCAUCUUCUUUGUGCUGAUGACGCUGCUGUGGUUCACCAGAGAGCCAGGAUUCGUACCAGGAUGGACAUCGCUCUUCGAGAAGAAAGGCUACCGUACUGAUGCUACCGUCUCCGUGCUGCUGGGAUUCCUCCUCUUCCUCUUCCCCGCUCGCACCCCCUGGCCAUCCCUGUUCAGCAACGCCAAGAAAGACCCGUCUGCUGAUGAGGAUGAGGAAGAAGAUCCGCUGGCCCCCAUGAUCACCUGGAAGGACUUCCAGAGACUGAUGCCCUGGGAAAUAGUCAUCUUAGUAGGAGGGGGAUACGCACUGGCCGCGGGGUGCAAGGUGUCGGGGUUGUCCAUGUGGAUUGGUCGUCAGCUGGAGCCAAUGAGUGGCCUUCCUCCGUGGGCCGUCACGCUGCUGGCAUGCCUACUGGUCUCCGUGGUAACCGAGUUCGCCAGCAACCCCGCCACGCUCACCGUGUUCCUGCCCAUCCUGUCUGCCCUGUCGGAGACGCUGCAGAUCAACCCUCUCCACACCCUCAUCCCCACCACCAUGUGUGUCUCCUUCGGUGUCAUGCUGCCGGUUGGGAACCCCCCCAACGCCAUCGUCUUCAGCUACGGACACGUCCAGAUACGAGACAUGGUGAAGGCCGGUUUCGGGGUGAACCUGAUCGGUAUCCUGGUGGUGAUGUUGGCCAUUUCCACCUGGGGGGUCCCGCUCUUCCAGCUCAACGACUUCCCCCACUGGGCCGUCAUGAGGAACACCACCACCGGCAGCCUCUAG